CACGCGACUUCCAUCCGGGCUUCUGUUGAUAGGGACAUAAGCAAAGAGAGCGACCACGGCGUCGGAGAAUAGGGAUUUUCCCCUGAAUAUAUUUACAUCAUAGUAUUUCUCCCACAUGGUGUAACACCAAGCCGACUGUCCUGUAAUUUUCUCUCAAGAUUUGUGAAGCAUUACAUCAUAGUCUGAUUUGUCCAGACUCGAGAGUGAUUCCCUCCUCUUGGGAGCCUAGAAUGUCCGACUCCAAAGAUGAGAAGGGGGAGGAGGAGAAGACUUAUGGGGGAUGUGAGGGUCCUGACGCCAUGUAUGUCAAACUGGUGUCAUCUGACGGCCAUGAAUUCAUUGUGAAACGGGAACAUGCACUAACAUCUGGUACUAUCAAGGCCAUGCUAAGUGGGCCAGGUCAGUUUGCUGAGAAUGAGACAAAUGAAAUUAAUUUCAGGGAAAUACCGUCACAUGUACUGCAGAAGGUUUGCAUGUAUUUUACCUACAAAGUGAGAUACACUAACAGUUCCACAGAGAUCCCAGAAUUUCCUAUCGCACCCGAGAUCGCUUUAGAGUUACUGAUGGCGGCAAAUUUCCUGGAUUGUUAAAUGACUCACGCUUUAUUUGUAAAUUGGAAAUUAAUAUUUGAGGAUUCUCGUAUAUAAUGAUGAUUCAGUAACAGUAAUCUGCACUUGGGAUAACAGCUGUGCACAUUAUGAUUGAGCAAACAAAUCCAACCUGCUGUUGUGACCAUCUCCAAUAUUUGUUUAUUGUGGUUAUUUCGGAAUGGUAAGGAUGUGUAUUCAAAAGUUGUAAUAUCAAAAGAACUGAGAAUACAAACAGAGACAAAGACAACCCCAGAUCUGAUGCAAGCUUGAAGAAUGAACUGUAUGUUGGUAUUGUUUGCAUGUGAGAUGUAUUUAUCAUCCUCUUUGUCUGCAAGUGACCUAUAGUUUAAUACACAAGAUAACUGAAAAGUAUAAGUACCUUUUUUUUACCCUUCUUAAUUAUUCUUUGUGAAUGUUGUUACUAUUUAUUAUUAAAUAUUGUGAUAUUUCAUCACAUUAUGUAUACGUGCAUCAGGUGUAAACAAAUAGAAGUACACAUUUCAAUUCCAGCAAGUCGUGUCUGUACCUACUUUUCACAAUAACUAUCAACGAUUUCCUUACAAGAGGGAGAUUCUUCAUUGUUCAAUUUCAGAUCACGAGAUCUGUUUUGGAAUAACACAUGCAAAAAUAAGGGUAAUUGUUUUUUCCCCCAGGAAGUAUUGCACACUGUUUUGAUUUCACUUCAUUGCAUUACUUAUUUAUGUAGAACAAAAAUGUAUAGCAAUAUAACUAAGUAUGUGUAUAUAGCUGAUGCUUUGUGAUAUUCAAGUGAGUAGGCAGGUCUGUGUACGUUUAGAAAGAAAUAUGUAAACCUCAACAUUCAUUAAAGUUCUAUCCAUUUUAUUGAA